UGUCGAAUGCUUUGGUGAGGACAACGAAUAUCAUAUACAAUGCCUUGUUCUGUUCCCAACAUUUUUCUUGAAGCUGUCUAAGAACAAAUACCAUGCUGGUAGUGCUUCUUCUGGCUCUGAAGCCACAUUUACUAUGGAAAAAGUUUUUCUGCAACG